AUUUUGGCUAGCCAGAGUAUAACUGGUCUAAGAUAGGAAGUCAAUAGCAGCUUGAGCCAUAUGUAAAAUAAUCGUUUCUGGCUACUCCCAAAUGAAUGGCGCUCUGAGAACUUUUCUUACUUGUGUGAACUUCUACAUAUGGCUCAAUGCUCACUAGUCAUUUCUGAAGUUAUAAAAUUUCGUGUCUCGAACAAGCGUCUAAUCUGGGAGUCUUGAAUACCAACAGAAAAAGAUAAUAGAAAUUCGGCCUCGACAACAAAUAACCGAAUGACUUUAUGCUGGUACUCGAUGAACGUUCAAGCUUAAACCCUUGUGCUCCAGACCUUUGAUAACUCUCAUAUGAAUAUAGCCCCACAACUCUCGGUUGGAGCACUUUGUUUAUUUCCGUUACCUGCGUAAUGCCGGCAUCGUUUCCAACACGACUUGUUGUUAUUAUGUUGUCAUGCACAACUAACGGUUUUAUAACAAGUCCCCAUAACAGUACACUGACAACAAACAAACAACAUAGUCGAAAUAUACAGAGUUUUUCACGCUGCCAGUUCGAAAACGAAACGAAAUUUGAAGCAAAAACUCAAAAACGUCAAAUAUUGAAUUUAUAAAAAAAGUGUUAAAAAUUUUUCGUAAACAAUUUUAAAAUUGUAGUAUAUUUUGUUUUUGUAAGUAUGCUACGGGAGGAUGAUAUACGCAAUGCGGCAGCGCGACGUCGAAACUUGCUGUUUCUCACACAACGGUUUCUUGCCGACAAUGGCUUCUAUCAAGCGGCUGAGGCGUUAAAGAACGAGGCACGUCUGCCAGCCGAGGAAUAUGAGCUAUGCGACAAUAUUGACUUGGAUAGCAUUUACUUGGAAUACGCCAGCUAUUAUCACCUGAAAUUCGGAAAGUAUCCGAAAAUUGUGCGCAAGUUAAAGCCCACCGUGAAGUUGGAGGUGAAUGCGAAAACUAAAUCGAAGACGAAGAACACGCUAACGCACACGACCAGUGCAACGCAGGCUGAGCUACCGCCAGCUGAGCCACUAACGAAUCCAGGUGAUUUAGAGCUGACCGUUAAGAAAGUGGAGAGCUUGAGUUCGAUUGGCAGCGCUAGCACCAUAGUGGCGAGCAGCAGCACUGGCAAUAUAGGUGGCGAAGAGAAUCGUGGAUCAGCGCUUAUACGUCUGCAAGAGAUCGAACACCCGGCUGGGGCUGUUGCCGCAGCUGAUGGACUGCUGAAUCAGCAGGACUGGCAGAAUCUGGCGGAGCUCGUAAAGACGACAAUAAUGCGUGAUGAACUCAAGCUCACUUGGACGGAUAUGUGUGGGAAUGCGAGCGCCGUGGAAAUUGUUAAGGAGGCUGUGCUCACGCCACUCAAAUAUCCGCAGCUCUUUGCGAACGGUUUGCGUCCAUGGAAGUCGGUGCUGCUGCAUGGCCCACCCGGCAGCGGCAAGACAUUGCUUGCGAAAAUACUCUACGCCGAAACGCGCAAUCAGGUGACUUUCUUCAAUGUCACCAGCAGUGUGGUGGUGUCCAAGUGGCGUGGUGAGUCCGAGAAAAUAAUGCGUAUACUCUUUCACAUGGCACAAAAGCAUGCGCCUUCGAUUAUUUUCUUCGACGAAAUCGAGGGCUUAACAUCGCGUCGUGACCGUCCGAGCGACCAUGAGUCAUCGAAACGUUUCAAGAAUGAACUGCUGCAGCUGUUAGAUGGCAUGGAACAGCAAAUGAGUAGUGUAUUUGUGCUGGCAAGCAGCAAUCUGCCGUGGGAUAUUGAUGAUGCUUUUCUGCGGCGUUUCGAAAAGAAACUUUUGGUACAACUACCAAACGCUAUAGAACGCGCUUUACUCAUCGGCAAGCAGCUGCCCAUAAUGCUGGCGGUGACGAAAGAGCAAAUAGAAUUGUUGGUGCGCAUCUCAGAGCAUUUCACGGGCGAUGAAAUACGUUUGGCCUGCAAAGAGAUCGCCAUGCAAAUGAUUAGACGUGCAACGCGUGUUUCUAGAGCAGAUGAGAAGAAGGAGGAAGCGGUGUCACUGCAACAAGCUUUCGAGCAAAUCAAGCCGUUGAGUCUGAAGUUGAUGAAACGUCAUCUGCAGUGGCAAGACGGGCAUGGCUCGUAAGCAAAAGCAGGUGUAGGAGUUUUUUCAGGCUUUACUAUAUUUGUCUACCAUAUUUAUUUUGGAU